ACUGUGGACCUAUUUACACCAAACAGACAUUUUCUUCCUUAUUAAAGAAGAGAGGAGAGAUAAUAGAGAUGGAACCUACUGCUGAUCCUUAUGAGUACUACGACUACGAUGAGACGGAAAACUCCACCAUGUGUGACUACUCCGAGUGGACGCCGUCAUACUCCGUCAUCCCAGUGCUCUACAUGCUCAUUUUCAUCCUUGGCCUUUCUGGAAAUGGAGUGGUCAUCUUCACCGUGUGGAGAGCCCAGGGCAAGCGGAGAGCUGCUGAUGUGUACAUUGGCAACCUGGCCCUAGCUGACCUCACCUUUGUGGUCACUCUACCUCUGUGGGCUGUUUACACAGGCAUGGGCUACCACUGGCCCUUUGGAGUGGCCCUGUGUAAGAUGAGCAGCUACAUUGUCCUGCUCAACAUGUAUGCCAGUGUCUUCUGCCUCACCUGCAUGAGCUUUGACCGCUAUCUUGCCAUCGUCCACUCCUUGUCCAGCACCCAGCUGCGCACCCGUGGCCACAUGCAAGGGUCCCUGAUAGCUAUCUGGUUGUUGUCUGGUCUCCUGGCUGCCCCGACCUUGGUCUUCCGCACCACUAAAUAUGAUUCAACCAACAACCGCACAUCCUGCGCCAUGGACUUUAGCCUAGUGUCAAGCAAAGAGGAAGAGAACCUGUGGGUUGCUGGUCUCAGCCUCUCCUCUUCAGCUCUGGGCUUUCUUCUGCCUUUCUUGGCAAUGAUGGUGUGCUAUGGCUUCAUCGGCUGCACUGUCACCAGACACUUUAACACUCUGCGCAAAGAGGACCAGCGUAAGAGGAGACUGCUGAAGAUCAUCACCACGCUGGUGGUGGUGUUCGCUGCCUGCUGGACGCCUUUCCAUGUUGUGAAGACUGCUGACGCCCUCUCCUACCUAGAGCUGUUCCCUGACACCUGUGCCUUCCUGCGCUUCCUGCUGCUGGCUCACCCCUAUGCUACCUGCCUGGCCUACAUCAACAGCUGCCUCAACCCCUUUCUUUAUGCUUUCUUUGACCUGCGCUUCAGAUCUCAGUGUCUGUGCCUGCUUAACCUGAAGAAGUCCUUGCAUGCCAGUCCUGCCAGCUCACUGUCCUCUCAGAAGACAGAGGCUCAGUCUCUGGCCACAAAGGUGUGACGACAGCUGAGGGCCCAGAGGCAUGCUGGGGAAGAGGUGGCCAGUGCAAAACAAUGCAGGUAAAUCGAAACUUUACAGCACUGGGUGCUUCCUCACAGAUUGUCGUCAGUUUCACGGUGUCACUUUUGCUCCUCUCUGACUCCGUGGACUUCUGUACGCACCAGUUGGGCAUGUGGUUUUGGGUUCAACCCCAGUCUCACUGUCAGUAGCAUGAAGGAAAAACUGAACUACUUAAUACAAGGGAUCAAGCAUAAACCCGAACCUUUUGUUGAAAAAGUGGAAUGUAUUUUGAAAGGACAACAUGUCCAUGUGUUUCUCUUGGUUGUCCUGUGGACCUCAUGAAAAGUAUUGAGCUUUGAACUCUGAUAUCCUUUUCUCAAGUCCAUUUGAAGUGUAGUACUCAUGCAUUUGCCCCUACUCUUCUUGUUUUCAUUUGUAAGCACUUGAGGUGUGAUAUCCAGAGGGCUCCUCAACUCUCUAACUCAAUCUGUAGUAUCUGCACCACAGCUGGAAGUGUUACAUUUGUUUGUGUGUGUGUGUGUGUGUGUGUGUGUGUGUGUGUGUGU